CCCGAUCCAAUUAACACCUUUUGUCUUGCUCGACUCAGAUAUAUUAACACGGCUAUUGAUUAAAACUUAUAAUCAAAAUAACAAUUUAAAUGGACUUUAACAAUUGUUUUCAAUUAAAUGUUUUGAGGAGACAAUAUGCCGCUCAAAAAUAAGGCACCACCUGGACAAAAUGGAGCCUCCUCUCCGACCCCAAGCGGGGAAGUUGUUAACCGGCUGUUACAUGUGAAGGACACAGUGAACUCAACAUUGAUUGUGCAGCAUAAAAAGACAUCGAAUCUCACAAACGUAUUGUCUGAAGUUGAAGAUCAAAUAAGAGAGGUGACAGAGCAGACUCUUCGUAACAUAAAAUCAGAUAUUGAAAAGAACAAGCGGAAAGUACUGCCAGGAAUAAAACGUUUGCAAGAUUGUUUAAAAGGUUUGUCGAAGUCUGAAAACAAGAUAAAGCAAGGCGACCGAGGGGGUAGGAAUGCAGACACGAAGAAAGCUAAACGUCGUAUCAAGGAUGCCCAAAAGCUCAUUCAAGAGUUUGGGACUCGGGAAACGGACUACGAGAUGACAACAUGCCUCGCUGAUCAUAUAACCCAGCUUUGCAAACGCCUCAUGCAGCUUACGAUUAAAUUAUCCACAGCCAAACUUGAACCAAUUGAAACGCCGAGAAAUGAGAAGUCCGACACCGAUUCAGAAGAUAACUUUGAUUCAAAACCACUUGAAAGAAGCAGAACGCCGAACCACAUAUACGAAGAAAUAGACCAGUUUCAAGUUGAUGAUACAUAUCUUAAGCCAAAUGGACGCUCGCAGUCUUUGCAUGAAAGGUCUUGCGAAGUUCCACCACUUCUCUUAAGGAAUUUGAGUCCAGGGAAUAUAUCCAGACUUAAUAGUGUCCAUCUGUUUUCAAGUGAAAGCGAUUCAAGUGGAGAUGAUUUUAAUUCUAAGACGUUUAUGCCCUUCAACCUUGAACCAAGAAGUAGAAGUCCUCUCAUUCGAAAAGCAAAAAACACACAGCAGACGCCAAAGGAGCGGAAAUACGUGCGAAAGUCUCGUUCGCCGAAACCGCAGAACAAUGAAUACGGGUUUGAAAGACAUAUUUCCCCUAAAUCUGAAAAGCGUAAAGCGGUUCUGAUAUCCGAACACCCGACAGAAGACAAGCACGAAACACAUUUCCAUCCCUCCUUGCAAGCACCAAUUGAUCAGUAUAUCGAGCACAUGUCAACCUCACCGGAAAACCAGUCCAGUCACCACGAGAUUCCUACUUCUAAUUGCUUGACAUUUACUACACGAUCGACACCGAAGCGUUUGCUACCUGCAAUUCCAAAACCACCUGCUGAGGAUGUUUUUGAUGCGGCACAAACUCGACACGAAGAAGGCGGAACAACUGCAAACUAUUUCAGAACAAAAACUAACAAUUUCCAAACAGCAGACGACAUUUCAUUGACGAAUCAACGUCACUCUGAACGCCGUGAGGAAAGUUCAGAUAGGGGGGAAUCUGUUGAUAGGGAGGAGAUGGAGUUUCGAAAAACAGUGAGAAAUGCUCGUCAGGAAAUUAUCGAUCGUAUAAAGAAUCGAUUUCAUGCAGGCGGGAAGUAUAUUUCGGACAACAGCUCUGAUGAGAGAAGGGAUGAUUCUAAGACAGUUGGAGCGCAUGUAAAUACAAACGCUAAACAAAAGCAAAGUGAAUUUCAAUCAAUGCAAAACUGGCACUCAAAGGAGAUGGAUGCAUCAGGGUCUGACACAUCUUCUGUUAAUAAAGCAAGUGGAAUAUACAAAAGUAAAUUAAUCCACCUUGGUGACACUUUACCUAGUACUAGUAAUAAUUCAAAGGAGUCAAUUGUGAGCUCUACGAUAAAGAAGUUUGAAACUGAUAUCUGGAAAGCUGAACUGACAUAUUUCAAAAACGCAAGAAAGAGCAAGAAGUUACGAGCUAGUAAAACAUUGCCGCAUUUCAGAUCUGCCAGUGAGCCUCGAAGGUCAAUCUCAAGUUUGCACUCAAGGUCAGACUUUACCGAAAUCAAAUCACCGUUUAAAAAUAAUGCUUUGAAACCAAAAAAUGAGAGUGGGUACAGCACAUUAAAUGAAAGUGACAAAGACAAAUUCGAUGACAGCGCAAAUGAAUCCCUAAACAAUUCUCUGCUUCUCAGAUCGUGCACAGAAAAUGAUCUAAAUGACCUUGUGGAAAAGGAAUGCCCUAGUUCCAUACGAAGACAGUGGAGUAAAAGAAGGUCUUCAUCCCUAAAUGCAAGAGUCCCACGAGCAACACAAGCCCCGAUCAAGCAAGGACAUGUGUAUGAGAAAGAAACAUCAUUCUAUAUACCCGACCAUGUGACAAGAUGUCAUGCUGCAGCUAUAAACGUGCUGGACAGUGGAAAUAUCAUCAUUUUGGAUGAAAGACAUUUUUACAUACAUCUCUUCAGCGGCGAUUACAGCCAUAUUCAAGAGCUGAAACUUUACGAUAUCCCACGAGGAUGUGAACGAAUUGAUGGAAAUAAGGUGGCAAUUGCUUUGCCAUACAAGAAGAGAGUUUCGAUAUAUGCGGAGGAAAACAAACAUGUUAAAUUCAGGAAAGAUCUAGCUAUCCCAUGUCAAGAAUGGAUACUUGAUAUAAGUUUUGCAAAGGGUCUCAUAUAUGCUCUUUGCAAAGGCGGACAUGUUCAUGUUACUAACGAGCAAGGGAACGACUUAAAUUGUUUGUCAAUUGGAAUGAGCGGUCGUUUAAAUGUCGAGCCUUUAGGGAAAUCUUUCUACAUCAUUAGUGGUAGAAAAAUUACCAAGUUUGACAUAAAUGGGAAAUCUAUUUCAACGAAACCAGACAUCGACGCAUAUUCAAUGUUGUUUUUGGAAAAUCGUGUUUAUGUUGCUGACAGAAUGAAACACCGCAUUCGUGCAUUAACGAAUGUUCCUGACGUGCAAGAUUUAACGGAAGAUAAAAUAGAAUAUCCAUCAGCGAUAUGCACUUCAAAAAAUGGAAAUAGGCUAUACGUCAGCCAAUAUGACGAGUCGAUCGAUGUCACGUUCGCCCGCACAAUUACAGUGUAUAAGUUGAGAGAAAUUGUGACAAACGUAUAACAAUGCAGGAUCACUUUCUGAAAGCCACUAUCUAAAAGCGAGAAAAAAAACGUUCCAAAUUCCAAUCUGACACAAAUUUAAAAAAUCAGCUCAAAUAAUGGUUUUAAUGCAUUGCCUUUUUUGUAAGGUUUGUUAAUAAUUUAUUGAUUGUAUAUCUUAGGAACUGAUGCAAUUGAAACCACACUGACAAAUGCAUCAGACAAAAAAUACUGUGAUAUUUGUGAAUGGCGCAAGGAACGAAAAAGCCAAAGAUACAUUCAUCAAUUUAUAUUUAAGACAACACAUAUAUCGUGUGUAUACAAUCAACGUAUAUAUUACAAAUCGUUUAUCAUUGAUUGCGGUACUGUUGGAGUCAAAUGGAGUUUACACCCGGUUUUCCAUCAUUCUAUCGCAUGUGAAAAUGGAAUUUAUACUUUGAGUUUGCAUUGAGAUGGUCAUUUUGAUAGCAACAUGUUUUGCAUAUUCGUUUCAAUUAGCGGUGUGUAUUCCAAAAGCUGUAAGAGCUCGUGUAUUUCCUGACUUGACCUUUGCAAACCGAAUUUGUCUCACGCAGUAGGUAAAUGCCACAGAGGACGUAAUGGCUUUAUACAGCAGUCGAUCCUUAUAAAAGUGAACAUUAAACCCCAAUCCUAUUUAAGAUAUUCUUUAUAUAGUUUCGCUUUAAACCCUACGUUAGCCGUAAGGUGAUAAUAUUAUGCUGGAUUCCCGUUUCUUCUCCCCCAAGAUAGGCUAGGUAAUUCUUUUGACCCACUUAAACUGUUUUCUCUUAUUUUACCCGUUGCAUUAUAAAAAUGGUAACAUAAACGCAAACAAUGCCGUCAUUUAAUUUCGUUUCCGAUAUGACGUCAUUCGGUUGAAAUUUCAUGCGAUUUCUUAUCAAAUAUCUUCUUUUUUUUCAAUUAAUGGCAUGAAAUCGGUGAAAUAAAUUAUAUAUCUUAAACUGAAACAAACAAUUACCCUCUAUGGAUUUUCAUGAUAAAUCAUUUAAGGUACAUAUAAGUACACUUAUACCUAUAAACGAGUAUCUUUCUGUGCAAACACUCAAUGUUUGUUGUAUGGACAUUAUCUCGUGCGGAUACUUUUUCGAAGAGUAUUAUCAGCACGUAUUGGAAUGGGAGUGUCAUAUUCACGUGUUAACCUGAGUUGUUAAUUGUUAUUCUUAAUGUUGCACUUAAAUAUUUCCAGAAAAAUGUUGUUGCAUUAAUAGAAAGUGAGAUGUAUCA